UAUAAUUUAUUAGAAGUAAGUGUUUGAUUGGUAUAUUUUAUAUAUCUACAUACCCAGAGUCACCUAAAAAUUUCUUGGGGCAAAAGGGGUCAAGAGUGGAAAAAAGUUUAAGAAGCCCUAUGCUAGAUGACCACUUGCCAGGGAUAUUGUUCAGAUAUAGUUUGAAUCUGAAUUCUGCGUUUCCUUCCAAUUCUGAGCUGCUGUGAUUCAAAGAUUCUCUUUCUCAGGAGCUCAGCAUCUUGCAAGAAAAUCACUGACUGAAUAGGGAGCAUAAUAUAAAGGUAACUCAGAUCUGAUCUCCUCCCUACAGGAAAUCUAGCAAAGAACCCUAGGGAAGUUAGGAGGAAGGAAAUGGGGUGUGGGAGAGGUAGGAUAGAGCUGGAAAGGGUCACCCAUAAAAACAUUUGGUGGCUGAUGGAGGGGUUGUUGGAGGACGACUUACUGCUUUAAUAGGCUAAACUCUGCCUGUCAACUCCACUUCCAGGAUCUUUAAUAAAAAUAAUUCCCUUUCACAUAAGUAUUUGUGGUUAAUAAAGGUUAAUUCCUUAUAGCAACUUUGUGAGGUGGUGCAAGAAUUAUUAUUUUCAUUUUAGAAGGAGCUGAGACUAAAAAGCCAAUUUUUCAUCAACAUAGCUAUUGAUCUAUUUCAAUGACUAGGUUGAAGGAAAUGGAGAGAGGUUCCAUCCCAUUCAGUUAUGUUCAAUUCUUUGGGGUUUCCUUGGCAAAGAUAUUGGAGUGGCUUGCCAUUUUUCCCUCCAGCUCAUUUUACAGAUGAGAAAACUGAGGUAAACGGGUUAAGUGAUUUGCUCAGGGUCACAUAGCUACUAAGUGUCAAAGGGCAGAUUUAUCCACUUCACCGCCUAGUUUUUCCUCACUCAAUGAUAUUACAGUCUAAUUAGGAAGAAAAAAAAAGGAAAACAAUAAGAAAAUUAAAUGCCACGGUACAAGAGACCAUCAAUGCAAUGGGGUUCAGAAGAAGAAAAGGACAGUAGUGACUCCUGUGGUCAGGGAAGAUUACAUGAACUCUAAUUCUAGAAAGGUGAGUGGGAUUUGGAUGAACAUCUGGGAGAAUACUGAGGUGAAGUAAUAUUUCUAAGGUAAUACAACUAGACAGUGGCAGAAAUGAGAUUCAAACCCAAGUCUUUUGACUCCAAAUCUUAUAGCAUGGCACAUUUUGAAAAUAGGGGUUCUGACUGUCUGCUUAAUGAAGAGUAGGACGCAGGGUCACAGAGUAUUAAAGAGACGUCAGAAAUCAUGGAUUUUGUACGCUUCAUUUUACAUAUAAAGAAGAUGAAGGGUAGAAGGGUGUUUUUUUUUUUUUACUGUCAUUUUUUAUUUUUAUUUUCCCCAGUUACAUGUAAAACAACAUUUAUUUUGGUUAUACAUGUACAUUCACUUUUUACAUAUUUCCAUAUGAAUCAUAUUGGAAGAGAAAAAUCAGUAAAAAAGGGAAAAACCACAGUUUUAAAAAAUACAGAAGAAGAAUCAAAAGUGAGCAUAACAUGUUGAUUUAUAUUCAAUUUCCAUAAUUCUCUCUCUGGAUGAGGAUGGCAUUUUCCAUCCAAAGUUUGUUGGAAUUGCUUUGGCUCUCUGAACUAGUAAGAAGAAUUAUAAUUGAUCAUUGCACUAUUUUGCUAUUGCUAUGUACAAUGUUUUCUUGGUUCUGCUUGUUUUGCUCAGCAUCAGUUCAUGUAAAUCUCUCCAGGGUUUUCUAAAAUUAGCCUGAUCAGUAUUUUCAUAGUACAAUAAUAUUACAUUACUUUCAUAUGCCAUAACUUAUUCGGCCAUUCCUCAGUUCCUCAAGUCCAGGAAUUCUUGAUUCCCAGUUCAUGGCUCUUUGUUCCUUAUCAGUCAGGUAGGUGACGCUGCAGUGGAUAGAGUACCAAACCUGAAGUCAGGAAAUCUGGUCUGAGAUACUUACUAGCUGUGUAAUUCUGAAUGAAUCACUUCACAUUUGACUGCCUUGAUUUUCUCAUUUGUAAGAUGGGGAUAAAUGAUAGCACCUAUUUCCCAUGGCUUUUGUGAGGAUAGACUCAUAUAAAAUUUGGAAAGUGCUUUGGCAAACUUUGUUAUUGUCAUUUAUCCUUUGUUCUGGAAGAGGGUCAUGAUAUCAGGAAGGUGAUGUUAUGACAUGCAAGUGAAUUGUAAGUGAGGAAGGGCCUCACUUUCUCCUCCUCAGUCAUUUGAGUCCAGUGGCAAAAUGUAAAUUAGGAUGACUAGAGAUGGCCUUGGCUGCUGUGGGAAGAAGCUGGCCUUUUUAAGCUAAGAUCUUUAAAAGGUUUCAUUUUGGUGAGGUAACAUCAGUCAGUGAUUAAGACAAGCUUUAAAGCACUAUAUAAAAACUAGUUAUCAUUAUGCUGAUGAUAUUAUUAAAGACCCUUUUACUGAGUAGAUCCCUUCAUGCUGGUAGAGUUUACUGAAGUCUGCUCCCAAAACCACCAAGAGGAUAAAUCUACAUCCAGGGAUCAAGAGACAUCAGUCUGCUUGUUAGACAGUGAAUCCUACUGCACCCUGGAGGAAGAAGGAACUUAUCCCCUACCUUCUCAGGUGCCUGCACACCAUGACCUGGAGUCCUUCCAUGUGGAAUCUGACAACUCUCCCAAUUGGCUUCGGAUCCGGACCCUCCUGCAGCAGCUACCUCCACAAGACAGUGAUGAAAGGUACUGUUCAAUGCUUGGGGAAGAAGAGAGAUUCCAGCUUCGGCUGUUCAGUGCCCAUCGGAGACAGCAGGCCCUGGGUCAGGGGAUUAUCCGAAUGGUGCCCCCUAGGUUUGAAGGACACAUGUGUGAGAAGUGUGGUACAAAUCUGAAACCAGGUGAGCCUGGGGUGUUUGCAGCUAGGGCAGGGGAGAAGAGUUGCUGGCAUCCUGAUUGUUUUACCUGUCAGGCCUGUAGCCAGGCCCUACUAGACCUGAUCUAUUUCUACCACAAGGGACACCUGUACUGUGGCAGGCACCAUGCAGAGCUGCUCCGACCUCGCUGCCCUGCCUGUGACCAACUCAUCUUUUCUGGCCGGUGCACAGAGGCUGCAGGGAGGCACUGGCAUGAAAAUCAUUUCUGCUGCUUAGACUGUACAAGACCCCUUACCUCAGGGCAAUAUGCUCUGCCUGGUAGUGGUCCCUGUUGCCCCAGAUGCUUUGAAAUUCGUCUUCACUCUGAUUUGGACCCCAGCCAGUCUGGAGGAGGAGAGGCCUUUGCCUCCCAGAGCAAUGAUCCUACCAUUGUCUCCUCCACUUCCUGUCAUGAAAACGGGAUGGAGCAGCCUAGAGACAGCCUUGAGAAAGAUGAGAUUUCUCAGAGCUUCCUAAACAGCGCUGGGAUCCUUGAGGAGGGCCACACAGGGAGAAGACUGAGUCGCUCUUUGAGGACCCCGCUUCCAGGAGAAGAAGGACCCUGCCCCACUUGUUCUUCCUCUUCAGACUCUGAACCUGAUGGCUUUUUUCUUGGACAACCUCUACCCCAGCCAGGAGCUGGGAGCCUUGAUGCUCCUGGCAGUCUUCACUUGCAUGCUGGGGGCAGAGCCCCAGGGAGACAGUGUAGAGUCUGCUAGAAUUCUGCCCUCCCCAUCCUUAGUACUGCUUCAGUUACAGGUGGUGAUCGAUGUGAACCUGAGCUUCUGUCCCAGAGGGAACGCUCCCUUCCUUCUUCCUUCUCUUCCCCCCUCCCCCCCUCCCCUCCGAAAUGGAGCCUGGAGUCCUCAGUGAAGGAGACUGCAAUGGAUAAAAAUGCUGCCGUUUCCUCAGUUCAAGGUCCCGUUCCUGGGGUGGGAGUGAGUGCGGAGGAUUCUGGGGGAAGGCGCAUCCUCCUGAUUAGCAUAUACUUUCUGGGCCUUCACACCUUCGGGGACUAGCCCAGCUCUUUGCCCGCAAGGUCAGCUAGAGCUCCGAGUACAGUAUUAGCUUUUCGUUAACAGCUGUCCUUAGGCCGAUCACAUUUUCAGUCAAGGUUUGGUUCUGAAACCCGGGGGUCAGUUAAUAGGCGUAUCUUGAAGGAGGGCACUGUGCCAGGCACCAAGUGGGCACUUAGUGCUUGCUGACUGGUGUACUGGCACGGUGGUGUAAAUAAACUGCCCAUAUGACUUGGGACAAA